CACUUUAUUUGCGGCUCCUUGCAGUUUCGCAGUCGAGCCGAUAAUUAUGCUAUUGAGAGAGUGUCAGUGAGGCUGUUGUUCCGUUCAGCACUGAGUAAUGUCUUACAGAUAAGAACCCGUUUAAUAUUUUGACCGCAUGGGUCUGUUGAUUGAGAGCUUGAUGCUCAGUUCCUGUCCGUCAGCACUGAAGUCCAGAGCGAGCUGAAGCGGCGUCAACAUUCCUGCUGCAGGAAGGAAGAGAGACGGGAAAGUAGGCUAGCUCAACAGAAACUGCGUGUAUUAUAUGGUAUUUAAACAUGUCAGUUACUUAUUGAGUAAAUUAAUUGUAAAUGUUUACUGUUUAAAUCAGUGUUAUGAUUAGUUAAUUAGCUGGUAGGCCGAGCAGAAGAAUCAUUUCCAGGCUGAUUAGCCAGGCUAUAAGCUAGCUGGUCACACUGGAUUGUUUUGGUUGGGGUGCUGCUGGAACUUCCUGUCCCUCUGCGCUUCUUCACCGGCUGUUAUCUAUUUUUAAAACCGACUGUCCAGCUCGCUCAUGGCUACAGAUGCGAGUGAGAGUGAAGGGAGCUUGAAAGAGACCGAGAGAAAUAACACGGGGAUAAAUAAGAGCGGUGGUGAAGCAGACACACCCAGAAUCAGCGCGACGCUGGAAAACAAGUCGCGUCGCGUCGCUGAACAAGGAAGCGACGAAGACGCGGUGACCGCGGACUGCGCACCCAGAGAGGCCGUGCCUUCUGCGGGUAAUCGUGAGCAUCCUGUCUUAUCUAGUCCGGGAAAACCAGAAGGAGUGCAAGAGGGAAGAGAGGAGUCUACACGGACACACAGCGGCACCCCGGUGCCGCUUCCGGACGCGCACACUGCACCGGAGCGUAAUGGCAGUUUUGAGCAACAGGAAUCAGUCAGCACUACAGAGGCUCAAUUGCGAAUGGAAGGAAUGGAGUUCAAAGAGGAGUGGCAAGAUGAGGACUUCCCCAGGCCAUUACCUGAAGAAGGGGAGAUGCACCUUGAUGAACAUCUCUUCACCCACACAUCUGGAGAGGACGAUUCUGCUCCACAGUAUGAAUCGAACAAAGGCAAGAACACAAAGAGGAGACUGUUGGCCCCAGAGAUCAGUCUGAACCUUGAUCGCAGUGAGGGCUCUGUGCUUUCUGAUGAGCUGGAUGAAAGCACAGAGUUAGACCUGGACGGCAUGGACACCCCGUCAGACAACAGCAACGAAUUUGAAUGGGAAGAUGAUCUCCCGAAACCCAAAAGCACUGAUAUGCUGCAAAAAGGUGUGGAAUCGGUGAACGAAUAUUCAGCCUAUGACGAGCGCGAAGAUGGCCGACGCUGGAGGAUCUUCCGUAUUGGGGAGCAGGACCACCGGGUCGAUAUGAGGGCCAUUGAGCCCUACAAAAGAGUCAUCAGCCAUGGAGGUUACUAUGGAGAUGGACUGAAUGCUAUUAUCGUCUUUGCCGUUUGCUUCAUGCCUGAGAGCAAUCAACCAAACUAUAGAUACAUCAUGGACAAUCUUUUCAAGUAUGUAAUUGGCACUCUGGAGCUGCUGGUGGCUGAGAACUACAUGAUUGUGUACCUGAAUGGUGCCACGUCACGCCGUAAGAUGCCUAGUGUGGGCUGGCUGAGGAAGUGCUAUCAACAGAUAGACCGGAGAUUAAGGAAGAAUCUGAAGUCUUUGAUUAUUGUCCAUCCCUCUUGGUUUAUUCGCACACUCCUGACCAUCACAAAACCUUUUAUAAGCUCCAAAUUUAGCCAAAAAAUAAAGUAUGUGUACAGUCUUUCAGACCUCGCUGAGCUUGUGCCAAUGGAAUAUGUGUCAAUACCAGAUUGCAUCAAGCAGUUUGAUGAAGAAAAAAAUAGGAAUACACGUAAAAGGCUUGACCAAGAAAUGCAUGGCAAAGGGGAGAUGGGAGGCACAGAGUGAAGUUGAAGAGGAAAUGAGAGGUGGAGGAAAAUAGAUUGGGGUUUUUUGUGUCUCUCUCAGCUGGGGGGGGGAGGGGAGUUUGUGCCUUCCAGGACUCUGUUCCCUGUUACAUGGUGGGACUUUUAUUCUUUAUUGUAUUAGUGUGCCAAACACAAGUUGGAAUCUCAUUGCUGUGCUUCAAGUAUUUUUAUAAUCUUACAUGUAUAAAUUUGGAGUGAGCUGUCAUUGUCAAUAAUUCCUGUUGCUUCUCCCUGAGGUUCAAGGCAUUUGGUUUUCAAGUUAGUUGAUGCAUGUUCUACCACGUUACAUUUAAAACAUAUUUAUAUUCAAAUGGUGAUA